AUGGUGCAUCUAUCGGAAGAAUACUUCGGUACGUUUAAGAACGAACCAGUUAGAAAAUUCACAUGGUACACUGAUAGCGGUAUAGCUAUCUCUGUCAUCUCUUAUGGAGCCAUCGUACAAUCUAUUCAGGUUCCCGAUAAAAAUGGCGUGGCCAGCGACGUCGUACUUGGCUUCGAUGACAUUGAAGGAUAUGUCACAAGGAACACACCAUACCUAGGUGCAACAGUUGGUCGAUGUGCGAACAGGAUAGGUGGAGCCACCUUCCAAAUCGACGGUCAAAAGUACGAAGUCGCUAAGAACAUCGGCAAAGAUCAUUUACAUGGUGGAAUCGUUGGCUUUGAUAAGGUAAAUUGGCAAACAGCAGUAGACGGAAAUAAGGUGAUAUUCAGCUACCUCUCCAAAGACGGCGAAGAGCAUUACCCAGGCAAUCUCAUCACCAAUGUGAUAUACGAGGUGAAGGAUGAUGAGCUGCAUAUCAACUAUGUGGCCAGUUCCGACAAGAAGACAGUGAUAAAUUUGACUAACCAUUCAUAUUUUAAUUUGGCUGGACAUGACGCAGGAGCAGAGGGGCUCUUUGACCAUGUCAUUAUGAUGAACGCUGACCAGAUUACGGAAACAAACGAGGGGUCUAUACCCACUGGCCGACUCCUCCAAGUAGGAGGUACACCGUUCGACCUGCGCGUGCCCAUACGUCUGGGAGACGCGAUGAAGAAGGCCGAGCUUUUGUUCGAUGAUAACUUCUGUAUCAAUCGCUUCGGUAACAAGGAUCUUACCUUCACAGCGCGUGUAACUCACCCAAAAUCGGGCAGAUACCUCGAAGUGUACACGAAUCAGCCUGGCGUUCAGCUUUACACUGGCAAUUUUCUGCCUGCCCCAACUGAAUCUGCAUUGGUCGGAAGGGAUGGCGUUGGCUAUAGGCGUCAUGGAGCCUUUUGUUUGGAAACUCAGAACUACCCUGAUGCUGUCAAUCAUAGCAAUUUCCCUAAUGCUGUUUUGACACCAGGAAAUAGAUAUGACCAUAAAGUUGUGUAUAGAUUUGGCGCGGAAAAAUCUCACGCACCACACGUUAUGUCUGUGUAA